AUGGCCAGCAAUGGCUCCCUCGAUUCUCCACUAUCCUCAGUUCCAUCUGACGAAGAAGACAACGACGAUCUCCAGCACGAUUCUCGCUCAGUAGACGGAACGAUUUCUGCCACCGGCUCACCAUCUGCUUCAACUCCCAUGGCAAUGCCACCAUCCAAGAGACGUAGGAUCGGCGCAUCCAAUUACGAUCAUGCAACCCCCAUCUCACUUGCUGGUGAUAUGCAAAUGCAUGCUCCACCAUCACCUUCAGGAUCCAUCUCUUCUGAUACCUCUGGCGAUGUACCGAACUCGCCCUCUUUCGCUCAUCUUGCUCCCACUCAUCCUCUGUCCUCAGCAUAUGCUGCCUCCCAAGCUAAUCCAGAUGAUCCAGAUGCUGGUGAUGCAAUACAAGUGACUCGGUGCCUUUGGACUGACUGUCCUGAGCCUGACCAGGGAAAUAUGGAUCGUCUCGUCGACCACAUCCACACGGAGCAUAUAGGCCAGCGGCAGAAGAAAUAUUCGUGUGAGUGGGAAGGUUGCAGUAGGAAAAGCAUGCCACAUGCCAGUGGCUAUGCUCUGAAGGCACACAUGAGAAGUCAUACUCGGGAAAAACCAUUCUACUGCCAGCUGCCGGAAUGCGAUCGGUGCUUCACACGAAGCGAUGCCCUAGCGAAACAUAUGCGGACCGUGCAUGAGACGGAGGCCCUACGACCUAGCGAUCCUGUGCCAAAAGGUCACAGUGAGGCAGCCAGCCGGGCUGCAGGGGGUUCUGGUAGCAAUGGGUCACUAAAGAGGAUCAAAUUGAUAGUCAACAACGGUGACCGACCAAAGUCUGUCGUGGGAGAAUUACCAUCCUUGCCGACAGACGGUAUUCCGGACGAAAAUGGCGAAGCAGGUGCCGUUGAGAUGGAUAGUUUACCAUUUAUGCUUCCUGUUCCCCACGGCUAUUAUCCCUCCGAUGUUGCUGAUGCUCUGGAUGACCAUGAGCUUGCUCUUCCACCAUCGCAGCUGUAUCGCCUUUUGAGAAGGCAGAUCCAUUGGGCAGAGCAGGAGGGGGCUGAGCUGGCCAAGCAACUUGACAUUGUGGAAAGCGUAACCGAAUUCAACAUUGAUCUGCAAACAGAUCUUCCUGGUGACAAAGCAGAAAAGAGUCGACAAAAUGGCUGGCUGCAGACAGAGGCCCUGAUCGAUGCCAUCCUAGGGAAGGAGGCUGAAGGAGCCAGGGCAGAGGCGAACGUGCAGCCCGAAACAGCUUUGGAGCAGGUAUCGGGUCCAUGGGUGAGAAUCAGGAGCAUAGAGGGUCUUGUGGGGUAA